UGGCCGGUGAAUUCAUGUAUGCCCCUUAGUGUAACGAAGGCCACGCCAACUUCUGACAGUAUCGAGAACUCUCAUCACUAUCUCUUCGUCAAUGUCACUUUGUGUGAAGAUUCAGGUACUAGUGCUACUGCUAGACCCAUACGAGAGCCAGCAUGGGAUGCCUUCAAGAGCGGACGGCACAGACCACCUUUGGGGCGUGCAGUCAGUCAACCUUCAUAACUAGGACGACCGGAAGAGACCCCUACAGAUAUCAGGUCGGGUUCGGGAACUUCUUCAACUCGGAAGCAGUCCCUGGCGUCAUACCAGAAGCUCAAAACACGCCUCAGGUUUGCAAAUACGGCUUGUAUUCGGAGCAACUGACCAGCGAAGGAUUCAUUGCGCCCCGAUCCACUGCGCAGCAUGUCUGGUUUUACAGGAUCCUUCCUGGUGUCGUCCAGGGAAUAGCUACCAAGCUACCCCACAACCUAGAUCUUGAGUCGAGAUUCGCUACUGAGAAUGGCAACGUGGAAUUCGUCCCCCACGGUCUCUGCUGGCAACCCUUCCCGCUCCCGUCGGACAACGAACAAGUAGACUUUGUUCAAGGUCUCAAGACCAUUGCUGGCAAUGGCGAUGCGACAACAAAGGAAGGUGUGGCCAUACACAUUUAUACGGCAAACGUUUCAAUGAGAAACCGAGCCUUCUGCAGUCAUGAUGGCGAUAUGCUGUUCCUACCUCAACAAGGAAGAAUUGAAAUCCAGACUGAGCUUGGAAUGAUGAUGGUGCGACCAGGGGAGCUGGCUGUCAUACAGGCCGGCAUCAAGUUUAAAAUCUCCCUCCCCGAUGGCCCAUCGAGAGGAUAUGUGCAAGAAAUUUUUGGAACACACUACGAAUUACCAGAUAUGGGACCGAUAGGUACCAACGGAAUGGCCCUUCCACGGAACUUCAAACACCCCGUGGCUUCGUUUGAUAGGGAUCUCUCCGAAUGGGAAAUUGUCGUCAAGCUGGCCGGAAAGCUAUGGUACAGUAAACAGAAUCAUACGCCAUUCGAUGUUGUUGCUUGGCACGGAAAUUGCGUGCCGUACAAGUACGGACUAGAGAAUUUCAUCAACACUGCGGUGGUGGACAGAGAUCAGAGCGACCCAUCGGUGUACACGGUUCUCACGGCCAAGUCGAAGAUACCCAAUGUCGCUAUAUCAGAACUCAUGGCCUUCACUCCGAAAUGGAACGUCAGCACCAACACAUUUCGACCACCCUACUAUCAUCGCAACAUGGCUUGCGAGAUAAUGGGUCUCAUAUACGGACCAUACUGUGGAAGCAGUCGAAAGCUUGCCGCUGGCGGGCUUUCGUACCAGUCGAGCUACACACCCCACGGCGAAACCUACGAGACUUACAAAAAGGCCACUGAAGCCGAGCUCAAGCCAGAAAGGGGCGGAGAGGGUGUCCUAGCAUUUAUGUUCCACAUCCCAACGCAUAUUGGGUUGACCAAGUACGCUCUAGAGCGAAGCGGAGUACUGGAUGAACCUGUGGGUCCUCUGUUCAACACGAUGAAACCGAACUUCAUGGACCAUACGAGCGAGGUGAACGAAGACUUGACGAGAAUGGGACUUCCUCCUUUAGGUACAAGUAGUUGGUGGCUGUAAUUGCUCACCUGGGCGCUUCUAUUACAAACCUAGACAGGGAAAGAGGGGCGAAGUGCUUGGAGCAAUCAUGGUUCGGUAUUUUCUAGAUACACAAUCGUUGUACUGUAUGCUGUGCUGGCCAGUUGGCACAUGGUAACCGAGCCUGUUGCCAGAUAUUUGAUGCUACUCAACAACAUCUGCUUUGCACACUAUGGUGGCACUGCAAAUCAACUGUAAGCUAUCGUGAGAAUAUAAGAAGACCCGUUCUAUCGGUGGUCACGUCGUAG